AAUAUUAAAAAAUUCUUCAAUUAAUGUUAUAAUAAGGCCUCUCUAAGAACCAGCUACUACAGUUUUUGCUCCAAUCACUUGUGAAUGGUAGUACUUUAUCUCCAGCUGAUUAAAUCAACAUACAUUCAAUCCCUUAUUUUAGUAGUUACAUAGCCCCACUGUAUUUAUCCUCCCAGCACUCCUGUGAGGUAGGGAAGUACUACUGUCCUCAUUGUAUGGGGUAUAGAGGCACAUGUUGAGCAAGUGACUUGUCGAUAGUCCCACAGGAAAUCUGUGGUGAAGCAGGGAAUCCCAGGCUAGUAUCCUAACAGCUGGGUCAUCCUUACUCUCCUGCUUUUAACAUCUUAUCUGAUUUGGCUUUAAUAAUUGUCCUUGUUUCCCACAUUUCCCUCAGUUAGAAUACCAUGUUCUGAAAUAUUGUCUUUAAGCCAUAUGAUUGCCCUUUGCAAACCGUCCUGCAAAAUAUUUCUCUGGUGUGGUUGCUCACAUUCAGUCACUAGCUGUUGUGGACUGUCUUAUUAUAACAAUAGGAUAUAGCUACUUUGUUGGCCUACUUGAAAGAAUAACUUUGAUUAUCUCCCACUGUUGCUCUGACUACUUUUCUUUUCUACACUCCGGGUGACCUCAUCCAUGCUCUUGGUGAAUGUUAUGUAACCAUUGCUCUCUGCUGCAGACUAAUGUAAGACUGGUUGGGAUGGAGAACUACAUCUCAGCCUGUCUUACUGAUAUCUUCUUCUAGCUGUUCUACCAAAUCCUCUCACUAACCUAACUUCUCAUUUUUUCCUCCUAGGCUAUCUCUUUUCUUAUCACUGUUGAUAACUUCACUAUCCUCCCCAUCCCUCAUGUUUGCAAGCUGUUUGACAUAACUUUUUAAAACUCGUCCCAUAGUCAUAGUAUAAGGGGAGGAUAUAUUGGUUUCUCUUGUUUCCACCCAAUUGAAUGGAUGGGUCUUUAAUAUUCGAAUUAUCGUGGGAAAGCUAACUCAAAUGAGAAAUACUUUGUUAUGAAAACUGAGGUGAGUUUUGUGUGUGUGUGUCCAAAACCUCAUUUUGAUUGCCUGUUUGAGCCUUUUUGAUGUCACAGCUAUGCAGCAGCUCUUAAGUGACCAUCCUGAAGAACAGCAGCUCCCUUCUUCUGCCUUACUCAGAUGGCAAAGAUAAGAGAUUAGGAAGGAGGGGGGAGUUUAGAAGAGGCUUGUGGCUAGGGUGAGGAGACUGUGAAUGAAGGAUAAGGGGCUGAAAAUAUAAUGAAACCUCCACUGUGCCACCUUAUUUCAGAAGAAAUGUAUGUCCCUUGUAGGUCUUUUUAAAUGUACUUAUGAAUGUAAAAAGGAAGUAGUAGCUAUUGACUAGUUCACAACACUUCAGUAGAGAUGAACUGGUAAAUUUAUAAAUAGCUGUUGCAAGGGUGAGGAGAGCAUGUGGAGGACAGCAAAAAGGGAAAGUGACUGUCUGACUAGAUAAAGGAAGCAUUUACCUUUUCUAACUUUAAACAAUGUACUCCAUGUUCCUUUUUUAAUCGUUUAUUAGGAACUAAUUAUUACAAUAGAAAUAAAUAUUUUAAAUGACUUUUUUAAAACGUUAACAGCAGUGACCCCCUGCAAGGGCUGCGGUAGGACAGUGUUAGUAUUGCCGUAGCGCUCCUUUUUAAAAUACAUCCUGAAAUUGUGUCCUAGCAGUUUACAGAUGUAAAUUCCAUAGUCGUGCUCAAACUGUGCUUACAGCGCUUGCGAACGUUCGGGGGGUUGUGUUUUGAUGUCUCUGCCUCAUCUUCCUCCCAGCCACUCUUGCCUCUUAUUUUAAUACUUUAAAAAAAAUCACGUCCCUUCUUUCCGUCACUGCUCAAAGGGGGGGAUCGGGCUGCACAGCCUUCCCCCGUGAGUGCUUCCCCCGCCCCCUCGGCCCCGCCUCCCGCUUAGCCUGGCCGCUGCGUGUCUGUCUCAUUCAUCGGGAGCCAGCGACGGAGCCUGGCGGUCCCAGCACGGUCGCGCUCUCCUAUGGAGCUGCAGUCGGGACCGAUCCGUCCGCGGGGGAUGCUCGGCCCUGCCCGGGGUGCGAUCUGCCCUGAGCCGCUGUGAGGAGCAGAGGGGGUCAGCAGGUACCACCAUGUCCCUGCCGCCCAUCCUGCCUCCCCCUGCCCCGGCCGCUACCCCCGCCGCCCCCCGAGCGCUGCCCAGGAAGCCGGCGGCCCCCAGGAAGGCAGCGCCGCCGCCGCCGCCCGCCGAGGAGAAGCCGCUGAGGAAGCCGCGCGUGGCGCCCCCGGAGCGAGCCGGUCCCUUCCCGAGCUCCUGGCCCUGCGCCUCCCUGCAGAGGCAGCAGCCGCGGAGGCCCGCCCCGGCCCCGGCCCCGCCACAGCCCCGCGGCCGCCCCUGCGAGAGCCUGUGCGCGGCGGCGGGGCCGGAGGCGGGGGCUGGAGAGGCCGCUGUGCACUUCUCGCUCAGCCUGCCCCCCGAGGCUGCCCUGGUGCUGCAGCGCCGCAGCCUGGAGAAGCAGCGGGGGCGGCCGAGCCCCUCCGCCGGCACCGAGCGCCUCCUGCCGGGCUCCCGCAGCAAGGCGGCCCCGGCGGCGGGGGGCUCGGCGCGGAGGGGGGCCCGGGCCGGACCGGGGUCCAGCCCCGGGGACCUGCGCGCCCUGCUGAAGAUCUCGCUGCUGAACGAGCGGCACCGCUACGACGACGUGGAGUACGAGGAGGAGGCGGCGCCGGGGGCCGCGGCGGACGAGGGGCUGGUGCGCAAAUGCACCGAGUGGCUGCGCGGGGUGGAGAGCGCGGCCGGCCGGGACCUGGCCGACAAGCUGGAGACCCUGCCCCACCUGGGGGCCCUCUGAGCUUGGGUGGCACCUGCCCGCCCAGCCGCACGCACCCAGGGAGCGCUCAGCCCCCGCCCCUCCUCGCAGCAAUAGCCGGGGGGCUCCCCCUGUGAUGUGCCCCCUUUCCCGCAUUAACCCCCCCGGGAAGCUGGACAGCACCGUAUCCUGCUCCGCAGCCACCUCACGUGCUCGUCUCCCCAGACUCAGCCACAGAGAGCGGAGUUUUGGUGCCGGGUUUAACCACCCGCCCUGCUGCUAUCCCCGUCUGAGGAAACUGACUUGCGCUUUGACCCCGUGGGGGCUGGCGGCUGUUCCAGACCUACAUAAACGGGAAAAAAAAAUGUAUUUAUAGCUGCUAUGCACUGUGUAUUUUCAUCCACAUCUUGUGGGGAGAGAAAAAAGGGGGGGCUGACUAAUCAGUGUUGUAUAGAUGCUUCUCCUGAUUGGCUGGGCUGCUGGAUGCUUUUUAUCUGAAAUCAGGAGACAGCCUUUCUAGCGGAUGAUGGACAGGAUGGGGAGGUUAAAACCUGCAUGUGGAGGUGUUUGAAUGUGAUCAAAUAUGAUAUGAGCAGAAACAGAGACAAACGUUCUGAGCUAGUUAAUUUACUGUAAUUCAACAGGUGCUUUAUCUGCUAUAUUCACUUCCCUGUUUUUUGUAGCAAAAGCUGACUCCUGACAUUUGCAAGAAUUGUUUAUGAUCUGUGGGUUAGGGUAGGGAGAGGAAAAUGGGAGAAACUUGUUAAAACUAUAGAGCCUUUAUCAGAAACUAUCACAAAAGUGUCUUUGUGUUAAACAACAAAGGGCAGUCAAUCAAAAAAAAAAACAAAAAAAACGCUGCGCAAUACAGGCUCUCAAGACAAAAUGUUCAGUUACUGAAGGAUAAAUGUAUUGAUUUCCUUUUGAAAAUAAACUACUUUUGUAAAUA